UUAGCGGUGGAUCCGUGGGAUAUAGGAAAAAUCAUGUAAUCCUUCCGAAUUGCCCAUGAGUCAAGCCAUGUUUGUUUUGAUGAUUUUCAGUUAUGCCCUGUUGACUACUACAUCAGGAAUAAAAGAACAUGCUUCCAGUAACAAUGUGCACGACAAAUAUCAAGCCAUACGCCACAGAAGUCCUCGGGAAAUCCGGAAGACGGAGAGGGAAGGGCGUCUCUUGUACCAUGCACCAGAAGAAUCUCAAGAUCAGAGGAAGAUGCUGUUGUUCCAAAACCGACCGAGAGAACCUUUGCAUGAUAUGUACAGGAAAGGCUUUUCGUACCUGCACGUGCCAGAUUUUCAUCGGGAACCCGUAGAAGAAAGGGCGCCACGACGUAAUGGCGGAAACCAAUCCAUUGAUGACAUCAUUAGCGGAAUUAUCCACCUGCUGGGUGGAGAUGUUCUUGUCACUAGACCAGACACUGGUCCCCAAUCCGUCCUAUUUCCGUCAUCGCCACGACCUACCAGGAUUAAUGAUAGGGGCCCUGCGCAUUUCGAUACUUCUCGUGACAAAACUACGCCAGCCAGCCCGGUUGUGGAUAUUUCGCCUACAUCUGUGAUACCUGCUGACUCUGAGCUUUCUUCUCAUCGUCUGAUGUUUCCGGAUGAUACUGAUGUGAGUAGAAUUCUGGGGUUGAUCAAUGAUACGCUGCCAAAGAGAAAUACUUCUUUGCCAGAUUCCUCAGUUUCGCCACCUUUCAUCGGCGAUGAAAGUAAUAUCACAUCCGGUCAUUUGGAAAUUAUUGAAAUUGUGCCGAGUGGAGCAAGUCAGAGACAUCGCACAUCGGACUCGCCGAAAACGAAGCCAACCGCUACUCAAAGUACGCAAAUCAUUCCUACAGAAGUUUUGACUGAACUAGACAAAAAUGGACACACUUUUAUAGAAACUGUGGUAACGUCGGGAGCAAAUGACGCUUCUUCAGUCCGAAAUCGCACAAAGACAAUACCUGGAGUUGUUUAUGUAGACAUUCCUGAGCAUUCCCCCAGCAAUCGUACAGAUAUUCCUAUUCUGCUGCCAUCGACAAACGUUGUUCCUUCUCCCGCCAACGUAUCUCAUGGUGAUUCGACUCCAUCGGGGCCUAUCACGGAAUGGUUACCUAUUCCAAAGCCACCCGAACGAGGGCCGAAUUUUUCAUCCAACUACAUCCCUAUGUCUGAUGAGCCCGUGAUCAUUACACGUCCUCCAGACAGUUUCGAAAUCACGAUUACUCGUCAAAUGUACAGUAACGAAACUCAUAGUGUAGCGGCUGUGCCGACUUUCACCAGCAUUUUCACUCCACCCGAUGUAACAUCAUCUACUGAUAUUUCCGUGUCCAUUGUUGCAACGCAAGUAGAUAUCAUCUAUGGAAGACCAACCAUAUCGAAAGGGGGUCUACCGGGCCCUCCACUACCGCCAACAGGAAGGCCCCAUGUCUUUCCUGUAGAUAUUGGCGAAGUAAGACCCUCUAUUCGCCCAAACGUAUAUCCUAGGCCACGGCCACCAGACAUAGGGCCACCAGGAGGUGGACCACCUAAAUUUGGAAAUGGAUUGAGACCUUUGCCAGUGCCUCGACCAGGAGGGAACGGCAUUUUAAGGAAACCACCACCAUUUAGGCCUCCUCCUCAACUUCCAGAAAUAAGGAUUGAUACAUGUGUUGUUGGCGAUGAUUCCACAUGCGACAUCCAGCUGAAGGAACACUGCCGAACUGAGAGAGGAGUCAGCUCUUGUCUAUGCCGACCCGGCUACGGAAGGGUGGUUGAUCGAGGCCCGUGCACACCUGUGGUGUCUAUGCUAUUAACUCUGAAAGUUGCCAAACUUGGUGACAAAAAUAUCGAUCCUUCUCAUUUUGUCCCAGGCUCACCUGAAUACCAAAGACUUAAUUUUGAAGCUGGUCAUGCGAUGUCAACCGUGUUUACGUUCAGUCCGCUGGCAGACGCGUAUCGCGGAUCCGAGCUGAACCGCGUUUACCUGAUCGCCAACCGGAUGGUCAUCAACGGGACUGUCCACUUGGCCGAAGCGGAAGUGCGAGGGUCCCUGAGGCACCACGUGGAACACGCAGUCGCGCAAGCCAUCAGCAGGAGGGACAGCCGACUGGGGACCAGCCAGCUCUUCGUCAAUGGACCUCUCAGCGCACUUGUGGAAGUUGAAGAUCUAAACGAAUGUGGUGACUCAAAUCUAAAUGACUGCUCUGAAUUUGCCGUGUGUGACAAUCUCUUCGGGACGUUCCAGUGCAAAUGUAAACCAGGAUACACAGACAAAUUCGAAAGUGACCCAAAGCACGCUGGAAGAAUCUGCUCAGCUUGUUCGCCGGACUAUUGUAACGGAAAAGGACAAUGCGUUGUUGUUAAAGGACGUCAGGAAUGCAGGUGCCGCGGAAAUUAUGGUGGUUCUAGGUGCCAAGUUGAUAAUGAAGUCAUUGGUGUUUCUGUUGGAGUAUCUGUCAUAGCCAUCAUUGUUAUUGCGAUUACAGCAGCUUGUCUUUAUCUUUGGAACCGACGUUGGAAAAGGGCACAUCAAAAAUCAGAAGCAGCCAAACAUGCCGCAUAUCGACUCCAGACAAUGGCAGAUCACGUCCGAUGGGCUUCCACCACUCCACUCAGCAGCACAUAUGUACCAUCCGAGUCAACGUUGCAAUUAGCUCCGCCGCCUCUGACGUCAUCGGCUAGCCAAUUGUACGCCAUAUCCAAUAUACAGUCGUCCAGGCAUCAGCAAAGGAACCAUCUUUACGAGGAUGAUGCCAACCCUUAUGGAAGAAUUAUCAGGACUUUGCAGAAGCAUAACAGUUUGAACCAUUCUGGUGGUCUUCACUAUGAUUCGCUCAACUCCGAAUGUGCUUCUUCUGACGAAAUAGGCUUCCCAUCGGUACCUAGUAACUCAUUCGUCUAUCAUGGAACAUUUCCUGACAGAUCUUCACUCUACAGAUAACAGAAGAGUCAAGUCGAUAUAUUUCUCUGUGAAUAUUGAAAAUACAUAACUCUGAUGAAAGAUGGCAAUUCCAAAUGUAUGUUUGGAGUGUAUAUAGUUUUAACAUUUUUCUGUGUAGUUGAUUUUUUUCCCCUUUUAGAUAAACAUGGGAAAUGUUCAAAUAGGGUACAUUCGAAAACAGGCACCGGUCGCACCGCAAGCGGUCGAAACGGUUAAGUCCCUAUACAGUAAAAACUCUCUAAUGCGGACAAUUUUUUUUGUCCGCAAUAGAGAGGUGUCCGCAGGACAGGGGUUUAAUAAUAUUAUUUGCCUUGGAAUCGAGGAAUUAAAAAUUGUCCGCAUAAGAGGGGCGUCCGCAUUUGAGGAGUGUCCGUUAGAAGGGGUUUUACUGUAUUUGAAAACGCAUUGGGACUCGAUCGUUUCCGCACGCUUGCGGUCGCGCCGAUGUGACCGGUGCCUAUUUACGAAUGUAGUCAUAGAGUAAUCGGUUAAGCAAUAGCUAACCAGGCACGUUCUAA